AUGUUCGAGCUUACCGAAGCUGAGAAGCGGAAUCACUUGCUGGAGAUAGUGGACGAAAUUAUGACCUUGGACCUGCGGGACGCGAGGGAUCUGGCAGAUGUCCUCGAAGCCACACUGAAGUCUGAAAAUUUCAUAACAACCAGCGCGAUACCUGGCCGACAGCCCUUCCCACAUCCCAUGCACAUGUUCUCGGGCUUGGAUGCUUCCACCCGGCCCUGUAUGUAUCGACCAUAUGGUAUGGGUGGUAUGCUGCCUCAGUCGGGAGCUGUACCACACCAGCAACAGCCGAGUGUCGAGUCGGCUCCUUCGGAAGAGCGUUCCAAGCCUGAGGAAGGAGCUCCCAAACCAAUGGUUGAUGAUGCAGGAGCAACAUCAACACCAGCAGCAGCAACCCAAACAGGUAGCCUUGUGGCAUUAAAGCUCACGGGCUAUGAAGACGGCAAGAAAGUCACUGUGGUGAAAGAGGUUCGAGCCCUGCUUGGUCUUGGCUUGAAAGAAUCCAAGGACAUGGUGGAAGAUCUCCCUAAGAUACUAAAGAAAGGCCUCGAUAAGGGUGAGGCUCAGAAGGUUAUGGAAAAGUUCAAGUCGGCGGGUGCUGAUGUGGUUAUCGUCUAG